CAAAGAUUCCCCAUUUCUAAAGGAUGGAAAGAGCCCCUGGGAGGUGACCGAGGCCACAGCCAGCCCCUCCCUGUUCAGCACUGAAGAAUGACAUGCAUUACAGAGCUCUGGAGCAGCCUGCAGUGGAAAGUUGGAGCUGAGGUGUGUGGCAGGCAGAUGAGGGAGCAGAGAACUGCUGAACAGAGUGAGACUCAGAGGACGUGGUUGAGCAUGGCUGCGACCCUGCAGUUCCUGGCUUGCCUGGUGGUAGCCAUUUGUCUCCUCUCUGGUGUGACUACAACCCAGCCCCAUGCAGGGCAGCCCAUGGACAGCACCAGCGUGGGAGGUGGCCUGCAGGAGCCAGAGGUCCCGGAAGUGAUGUUUGAGCUGCUCUGGGCUGGGCUGGAGCUGGAUGUCAUGGGGCAGCUGCACAUCCAGGAUGAGGAACUAGCGUCCACACACCCAGGCCGCCGACUCAGACUCCUCCUGCAGCACCACGUGCCCAGUGACUUGCAGGGCACUGAGCAGCGGCUGCAGCAGCUCCAGGACCUGCGGAAGGGGCCUCCUCUUAGCACUUGGGACUUUGAACAUCUGCUCCUCACAGGCCUGUCCUGCGUCUACCGGCUCCACGCAGCUAGUGAGGCUGAGGAACGGGGCCGCUGGGCCCAGGUCUUCGCUCUCCUGGCACAGGAAACACUCUGGGACCUGUGCAAAGGUUUCUGCCCCCAGGACCGGCCCCCUUCCCUGGGGUCCUGGGCCUCCAUCCUUGACCCCUUCCCCUGACCCUCCUCUUUUGUUCUUUCACCUGCCAUUACCCCCUCCCAUCUCCUCCUCAACCCCCCAGGCAGACCCAUCUUGCGCAGGGGCUUCUGUCUGGCAUCUGAUUCUUUUCACCGUGUUCAGAUCUCUGGGCUUGGCUUGCAUCCUGGACACCCCCUCUCUGCUUACCCCGACCCGAUCUUGUUUCCUAGAUCUUGAGAGGCUAAGAACCCAGGCUCUGGGUCGCAAGGAGUGCGCAAGGAGUGGGCACAGAGCUAAGGGCACGACUUGCAGGCAGUGUGUGUGUGAGUGUGUGUGUGUGUGGAGAUCAGGGGUCAGGGUUGAGAAGUGUGUUCAAGAGAUGCUGAAGGGAAGCUGCCCCAAGUAAGGCCUGGUCAGACCUUCCAACUCCUACCCUGGCAGUCUGUGACAGGUCCUGUGGAAUUCACAGGAAUCCUCUAGGUGCUGAGCAUCCCCUUUUAGGCACAACCAAAGAUCUGGGGUCUCUGAGCCUCCAAGUUCCCAUCUGGGUUGGGAGAAUCGACUUUUUGAGUUCUGUCAGUUGGAAGAGUGGAGGGAAGCAGGGGGAGGGAGGAACAUUAUCUCUUUUGGGGUAGGGAGGCAAUAUCUCAACAAGCGUCGGGUGAACACCUCAGAGGGGGGAGUAAGGCUGGGAGACCAAGGAGAGACAAGCGGAGGUGGGCUGGAGCAGGUGUGGCCCUGAUUCUGUGUUGCUCUUCUCAUAAAAUGUUCUGUUUCGGCCUCCUGGA